GAGAGAGAGGGAGAGGGAGGGAGAGAUUAUGGAAUGCUGUGAUGUCAUCAGCCCAGUCAUACACACAAAGACGAGGAGGACCCACAGGCGCUCAGACUCUCUCAGCUUAGUUAGCAUACUCUGCUGUGGAACGGCUGUCUACAUCCCACUAUUGUCUCAAUAUGACCUCCAAAGUCAAAGGAAACUGACAAAGGGUGUAGAGGAGGGGAGGGUGGGGAAGCUGUCAGCCCAACACGGAAAGGAAACAGAAUUUUGUGUGUGCGAGUGUGUGAGUGAGUGUAUGUAUGUAUGUGAUUGUACAGUAUGUACAAAAGUGUGUGUGAGGAUGAGCAUGCGCCUUGAUACAUGAAGAAGAGUUUAUGUGUGUAAAUAAGAGUGACUGUAGGAUAAAGAAGCUUCGAAAGUCGUCUUCUGACAACAUGAGACUAUAAACCAACACCGUCCACCUCAAGAAGCUGCUGGCCAAAGACAACUGACAGCACCUCCUCCCUCUGACGGCUUGGCCAGGUGGUACCAAGUUAACCCACCGUUCAGCCGCCAACAUGCUGCAGCAGAUUUUAAAGGACAUGUACAUCGACCCUGAUGUGCUGGAUGCUCUUAAUGAGGACCAGAAAAAGACUCUGUUCCUGAAAAUGCGCCAGGAGCAGGUGCGGCGCUGGAAAGAGCGGGAGGAGAAACUAGAGAGAGACGAGUUGGACACUGAGUGCAAGCGAACAAAGCCAAAAAAAGCUAACAGUAAGAAUGUGAGCUGGCUGCUCGGCCGGGAUGGAGAUGUGGCAGUCAUUGUGAUCGGGGAGGUGGAUGAGCUGAGCUCCAAAUUCAUCUGCUCAGGAAUUGGAGAAAAGAAGGCGCAGAGUCUUCAGAACAAUGCAUACCAUCAAACUAUCCUGAAGAGCAUAAAAACCACAGAACCUGUAAUAACAGAGAGAAAGAACCUCCCUCCUAAAACACAACCUGGAAUCUCACUCAGUUCAAAGGGGAAAUGUGAGGAGACGAGCUCUUUACCCCCUCUGCCGGUGUCAGUGAGUGAGCAUUCAUCACCUCCAGCAGCAGAAAAGGUACUUGUGAAACCCGGGUUAAAAUCAGCCAGUGCGACUGAGGAGAAGUCAGUUCCCCAGCCCUCCAUCUGCUCCAGGCCUCCCAUAAGAGCUAGCCCUGUCAACGUGAGACCAGCUUCCGCAAAUGCAGCACCAGGCUCUGUCAACACGAGACCUGGCCUCGCAAAUCUGAGGCUGGCCGCCACCCCCACUGCGCCAUCAGCUUCCCCCAGCGGCACUGUCAAAAUAGACUCUGGAACAGCGUCACCCACCAGAGUUGGCCUGUGCUCACAGGAACCUCAGAAUCCCCAGGAAUCACAGGGCGGGAAAGAUACUGGUGCAUCAGAAGCGUCUCGGAGGGCUGCCUCGGAGGAGGCCGGGUCAUCGGGGAGCGCACCAACCUGCGCAGGGCGUGGCCGGGUGGCUCAGCUGAUGAAAACCUUCAGCACUGAAAGCACUACAACCCCCUCUCGCGGCAUCAAGCCUCCUCUCCCCACCAAGCCUAGCCAUUUGCGUCUAACGACCACACCUACUGUCAGGUAAUCCUUACACACUGAUGCACAGAUGCCCACCCAGCUUCACGCAUCCCUGUGAUUCAAAUAAAGCCACACUGGACAAUGUCAGACACCUGAUGUGGAGCCUCAGCCAGUGGGCUAAUGGGAUGGAGAACUCCAAAGGUGGCUCUCAGAAAUGGUAAUGUUCACAAUGUUGCUAUCACUCCCAAAGCACAGCAAUGGAAAUGCUUGAAUGUAAUGGUUUUCUUUUAUUUUUGGAUGCUGCAGUACUGUAAACACUCCUUGUGGGAAAGAAAUUCCAAAGCAAUUGAUUGCAAUGUAUAUGUAUUUGCCAGGGAAUUGAUCACUAUCACAUGUAUUCACUUUGUUGUUGAUGCUUUUUUCCACUUUGUGUAACAUGUGGAAAAAUACACCCUCAUUCCAACACAGUGUUUUCAGUCCAAUUCCCAAACCUUGUGCACCCAAUAUUGUUUACUUACCAAUGCCAUUAUUUUUUAUCACUUAUGAGACAGUUUGCAUUACCUUUGCAGACGUGUGGUUCAGUAUUUGUGGUUCAGGACAAAAAGAUAGGUAUGGGAGGGCAUAGUGAGGUGAAAUAAGGCACGUUAGGGUUCUCCUUCAUCUUGCUGUCUCCUCCCUGGGAAUAGCGUAGGGUUGUUUAUUUCUCACAAUGCAAUGUAUGUCUCCUUCUGCCACCUGGCAGGAGCCUCACUGCGACCUGUUGUGGACCAAUGACAGUGCCAAAUGCCUUGUCUGUGGAUAAAGAUAGACAGUUGCUGCCAAAUAAUCCAGCUCUUUGUUACUUUUCUUCAAUUUGUUCAGUAAUAUUUUAGAGAUGUGUGGUUGUACUUUUUGUUUUUGUAUAUUUUCUAUAGGGAGAAAGACAUUUUGUAAUGGGAUAUUUAACAUUACUACAAUGCUCACUUGUAAAAUGAGAGACAUUUCUAUCUUUAAUGUCAAGCUUGUUUGGUGCAAUCAAAGAAACAAUAAAAUUGUGUGACUUGUGCACCUUGUAUCUUAAAA